AAGAAAAAUCCACGCGGUGAGAAUCGAUCGAACUUGAGUUCUUCCAUUGGGAUUUCUGGCGUUGCUCUAAGCAUUCCAAAAUAUGGACUCCGUCCUUCAUCUUUUUCCCUGAAAAUCUCUCCACGGCCAUCGAGGAACCAAUCGCUCGAAUCUCUAACCCUAGAGCACGAGAAGAAAUCCAAAGAUUUCAUUUUACUGGUAUUUUCUCGAUCAUCGACUCAUCGGUCAUUUGGUCGGAUUUUUGGUUCCAGGGGUUUUUAUCAGGUUACGCCACGGAGCAUGAACUCUCUGGCGUCCACCAAGCGAGGCACGAAGAAGUACGCGAGGGGUGCGAGUCGCCAGAAGACAUUCCUAACCGUCGAUCUCAAUGUCCCUCUCUCGGCGCCGCCGUUUGGGCAGUCGGAGGGGACCUCCGGUAUGGCGGAGACUGCCACAGCCGAGAUUACUGCGUCGCCAAUUGAUGUUGAAGCGAUAGAUGAUGACGAAGUUCAGAUGUUGCCCUCCACUUGGGCGUUUUCUCAGACAAGGAACCAGUUGAGAACGCGCCGCCCAGUGCUGGUGGUGCUGGAUGAAGACUCGGAGUUGAGCACUGAAACUUCAGUGAUCAAUUUAGAUGAUAAUCUUUCUGGAGUACCUCUCAAUAAUUUUAGGAGGCGCAGGAGCUUUUCACCAAACAGGAUUGUGAUUAACUGCGAGGCUUAUGUGAAUGUCGAUGAAGAUCACAUUUCCAAGAGGAAGAAAUCGGCGAACCACCACCGGAGCGAGCCUGAAAUCGUGGUGCCGAAGGAGCCUGUGUUCAGCUGCCCCAUUUGUAUGAGCUCGCUGAUCGAUGCAUGCUCGACCAUAUGCGGUCAUGUUUUCUGUCAAGCCUGUAUCAAGCAAGCCCUUCAGUCCCAGAAAAAAUGUCCCACUUGCAGGAGAAAACUCACAGCGAGCAACUUCCAUAGGUUGUUCCUUCCAACUAGUACUUGAAUUUGCGCAUUUGUAUUUUCUUAUCAGCAUUUGAUGAAUAACUUUAGGAUUUGCAUGGUGAACCUCGGUAUAAUUUGUUUGUUUGAAGGAGAUCAAUACAUUUUUUUUUUUCAUUCAGAUUGCAGUUGUCUUCUUCCCUUACCACCGACAGUACAGGGGGUUGGGGGCUUUUAGAGUAUUUCUGUACGGGAUAGUGUAACUUAAUUUCUUAGUUUAAUAUAUAUAUUUUGUUGAAGGAUUAUUCCCCUGUUAUAUCAAACUGAACACUAUGAAAGCUGCAACAAUGCAUUUAUAUG